UAAAACUUUCAUCAACAGCGGCCAUUUUGGGUUGGUGAUAUUCUAAUAUUCCGUCUGUUCUACGGUAAAAAUACUACCACAGAACGACUCUGGAUCCCCAGAGUCCAAAUGAUUUUGAAGAUGAGAUAUUGUUGAAUAAUUUAAGGCGGAGAAAAGAGGACUUUAUUCAUUUUUAAACAGCAUGUAAGGUUUUAUGUUACUGAAUUUUGUCAGGUUUUUGUGAUGGACUAUCAUGGCGAAUCGAAAUUGGAAUUCCAAGGAAUAAAUGCGCGGAUAAAAGACAGUAGCAUGGCAUAUAUUGCAACUAACUGGAUUUAUAUAUUUGCAAAACUUAAAUAUCUUCAUUCAGGAUCGUAAGUAGACUUGAUAAUAUUCAAAACAGUGCCGAUUAAAAGUCUUCGGUCUUUGACUUUUGAUUCGGUUCAUCAUGGCCGACCAACUCGAAAGUGUGGAAGGUCCUCCAGCGGCGAAGAGGGCUAAGAUUGCAUCUCCCAAGCCUUCUGCGGAGGGAGGAGAUUUUAAUGAUUUGCUCAACAUUCAUGACAUUGUUGAUGCACUACCUGAUGAACUUAUGGGGUCAAGUGACCAAAAUGGGAUGAUGGACCCACAUCAUUCUAUGCAAGACCCAUCGAAACAACAUGCUCAACUUACUCAACUAUUGUCAGGGGCUUCAUCAGCAUCUAGUAUGGUUCCACCAAGCAGUAAAAGUCCGAUGCCAAAUUUGGGAAGCUUAAGUAACUUAAACAAUGCAGCCAAAAGCCCCAGAUCUGCGAACUUGUCAUCUCCACCACUUGGAUUAGGAGGCAAGAAUGCUGUAUCUCAUGUUGGGAUGGAUAACUUUCCUUCAAACAGUGCUGGUUACUCAUUGAACUCUGUGGGGACUUUAGUAUCAAAUGCAAACAUGAUGAACAAAAACAUUGGACAUAACCCUAUUAAUAGUAUGGGUGUACAAAUGCCAAUCUCAAACUUGGGACAGCAAGCAAGUUCAAUGAUGUCAAAUGGUCCACUUUAUUCUGCAAGUGGACACAAUCAGGGAAGGGGAAAUGUGUCGGGAAUGGGUCAGCAAUUGCCAAGUAUGUCGCAGGCAAAUGUGAUGGGAGGGUUGAACCAGAUGCAUGGUCCAAACAACAUGGGUGGACAUCCAGGCAUGGGCAUGCAGCAGCAACAAAUGAUAAAGCAAAAUGGACCUCAUGGAGGGAGUUCAUUUGGAUUUACAAACCAGAAUGUUGUAGGACAUCCACAGCAAACGGCGUCUCCGAACUACAAUGCGACGUCCCUCCCUAUGUCCCUCCCAAUGUCCCUCCCCAUGUCUAUGUCAUCAAACCUGACAUCAUCUACCAUGUCAGUGUCAUCUAUUACAAGUACAGUCAAUACACAACCCCAGAUGAAUGCUGGUGGAAUUGUGACAGGUCCAGCCUCAAACAUGGGUGUAUUACCAGGUUCUAAUGCCAAUCUGGCUCAAGGAGCAACUGGAACCCAACAGCCACCAACUGCUGACCCAGAAAAACGAAAACUUAUCCAACAACAAUUAGUGCUGUUACUGCAUGCCCACAAGUGUCAGAGGCGGCAGCAGACCAAUGGAGAAGUGUGCUCCCUACCUCACUGUAGGACAAUGAAGAAUGUGCUAAAUCACAUGACAACCUGUAACGCAGGAAAGUCUUGUCAAGUUGCCCACUGUGCAUCGUCCAGACAGAUUAUUACACAUUGGAAGAACUGUACCAGGAAUGAUUGUCCAGUGUGCUUACCUCUGAAGCAUGCUCAGAAAACAGACAGAACAGGGCAGAAUCAAGCUACUGGUAAUCCCAAUGCAUCAACAGUGCAGCAGAACCAGAUCAGUCAGUUAAGUGGAGUUGGUACAGCAGCUAACAGAGUGGGGACUGCCACUGGUACAAGCACCCAACCCUCUCAUGGCUUGACGGAUAGUCAGAUGAAGAGAGCUUAUGCUGCUUUGGGUUUGCCAUUUAACCAACCUAGUACAACAGCAGUUAGACCAAGUGGUGGAUUAAAUGAUGCAUCUGGAUUGAAUGCUAAUAGUACUGGUAACCCCCAGAAUAACUUGUUGUCUGGGUUCACAAAUCCCACUGGCUUGGAUCAGCAAAAAUCUCAGCAGAUUGCAGCCAACACAAAUAGUGGUUCCAAGGAGUGGCACCAGAGUGUGACUCAGGACCUUAGAAAUCACCUUGUGCACAAGCUUGUUCAGGCAAUUUUUCCUACUCCUGACCCAGCAGCCCUGAAAGAUAAGAGAAUGAAUAAUUUGGUGGCUUAUGCCAGAAAGGUGGAAGGAGAUAUGUAUGAUACAGCAAAUAGUCGGGAGGAAUACUAUCAUUUGUUGGCUGAGAAGAUCUAUAAAAUCCAGAAAGAACUAGAAGAGAAGCGAUUAUACAGAAUUCAGCAGGGUACUGGAGGAGCAGCCAAUAUGCCUGGAGCAAGACAGAGGCUAAAUGGACCUUUGAGUUCAUUAUUGCCCCAAGCAGGUGGCAACGUUUCAAACGAUCCUUUUGGAUUGUCUCCAGCAACUCCAAUUCCAGACAUGUUGAGAGCCCCCAGUCCACGACAGCCUCUCAACAAUACACCAGGAGGAAUACGUCCUGGUGUUGACAAUUCUCACAAUUAUCAAAAUAUUGCUGGAAUGACCCCCCAAGAUCAUUUACAACAAAUCAGGAAUCGUUUACCGCAGCCUCCCAUUAUCCAUUCGUCUCAACCUCCCCAAGCUUACCAAAAUCAAAUAUCACAGUCACCAUCCACCAUGACCCAGGCAUCACAAGGCAUCACACAGUUAUCAUCACAAAUGGGGUCAUCAGUUAACAAUCUUCUCAACUCAUCAACUUCUCAGCUUACUAGUCAAGUUUCAGCACCGAUUUCACAGACAGUUCCGAAUUCAACCCAGCCAUUUGACCCAACAACAACAGUUACGAGCUCUGUGGGCAAUACACAAAUAAAGACUGAAAUAAAACAAGAAGAUGGAAGUCAGGCCAUCACCUCUCAGACAUUGAAGGAUGUGUUGAUGGCUCCAAGCACCACUGGAAACACACCCAGCACCAUGUCAUCAGCUGCCACCUCUGUUUCCACCACAUCCACUGUUUAUACCUCCACCUCCAAACCUAUGGACAUCAAGCAGGAAGUGAAACAGGAAGUGGAAAUCAAGACAGAGCCAGAGAUUAAGCAGGAGCCGGGCUCUGUGGGAGGAAAACAGAUAAAGGAAGAACAAGGAGAGAAUAGUAGUAACAGUAUGGAUGUGUCAAUGGAUUCCAAACCCAACACUGAGGGAGCUGAGAGUCAGGAAGCCAAGGACAGUCCGCUACCGUCAGUGGCCACCCCUGGGGCGAGUUCUGAGGCCACACCAAGUUCUUCCCAAACCAAACAGCCUCGGCAGAAGAAAGUUUUUAAACCUGAUGAGUUACGGCAAGCACUGAUGCCAACACUGGAAAAACUUUACCGCCAAGACCCUGAGUCAAUGCCAUUCAGACAGCCAGUGGACCCAGUCAUGUUGAAUAUACCAGAUUACUUUGACAUAGUGAAGAAGCCUAUGGACCUGUCUACCAUAAAAAGGAAGUUAGACACGGGCCAGUACACAGAUCCCUGGCAGUACUGUGAUGAUGUGUGGCUCAUGUUUGAUAAUGCUUGGUUGUACAACAGGAAGACUUCACGUGUCUACAAGUACAGUUCAAAGUUGGCUGAAGUAUUUGAAGCAGAGAUAGAUGGAGUGAUGCAGUCUUUAGGAUACUGCUGUGGACAUAAAUAUGUUUUCAGUCCACAAGUUCUCUGCUGUUAUGGUAAACAGUUGUGUACAAUUCCCAGAGAUGCUAUCUACUACAGUUAUCAGAAUCGUACAAGACAAAAUGGCCUCUUUUCUGACAGAUAUAUUUAUUGUGAGAAGUGCUUCCAAGAAAUCCAGGGGGACGAGGUGGAACUGUCUGAUGAUCCCACUCAGCCUGUCACAAAAAUUUCAAAGACCCAGUUCACAAAGAUGAAAAACGAUCAGCUUGAUUAUGAACCGUUCGUGGAAUGUGAGGAAUGUGGAAGGAAGAUGCAUCAAAUAUGUGUCCUACAUUUUGAACCUAUCUGGCCCAAUGGGUUUACUUGUGAUAAUUGCCAUAGAGCGAAGGGGACAAAGAGAAAAGAAAAUAAAUAUUCUGCCAAAAAUUUGCAAUACUCUGGUAUCCCUCCGACUAAGUUAGGUACAUACCUGGAGAAUAGGGUAAACAACUUCCUGAAGAACAAGGAUGCUGGUGCUGGGGAUGUUACAAUUAAAGUGCUAUCUAGUGGUGAAAAAAUGGUGGAAGUCAAACCAGGCAUGAAGGCCAAGUUUUGUGACAAUGGUGAGAUGGAGCAGGCUUUCCAAUACAAGGCCAAGGCAAUGUUUGCUUUUGAAGAGAUAGAUGGAACAGAUGUUUGUUUCUUUGGAAUGCAUGUACAGGAGUAUGGUUCAGACUGUCCCCAGCCUAACAAUAGGAGGGUGUACAUAUCAUAUCUGGACAGUGUCCAUUUCUUUCAACCACGCCAACUGAGAACUGCUGUGUAUCAUGAAAUUCUGAUUGGCUAUUUGGAAUAUGUGAAGCAGCAGGGUUACACCUGGGCUCAUAUCUGGGCCUGUCCUCCCAGUGAAGGGGAUGACUACAUAUUUCACUGUCACCCACCGGAGCAGAAAAUUCCCAAACCAAAGAGACUGCAGGAGUGGUACAAGAAAAUGUUGGACAAAGCAAUCAUUGAGCGAUGUGUGAUAGAUUAUAAGGAUAUUCUUAAAGAUGCCAUAGAGAGCAAUGUAACCAGUGCUACUCAGAUCCCCUACUUUGAGGGUGACUUCUGGCCCAAUGUGUUGGAGGAGAGCAUUAAGGAGUUAGAUCAGGAGGAGGAGGAGAAGAGGAAACGUGAAGAGGCCGAGGCUGCAGCUGCUGAACAGGAGCCUGAGUGUAUUGACGAGGGGGAGGGCAGCAACCAGGGAGUUGGAAAGAAGAAGGGCAAGAGUAACAGAAAUAAGAAAGCCAGCAAAAGCAAGAACAGUCAAAGAAAGAACCCAAAGAAAACCAAUAUGCCUCAUGGUGGCAAUGAUCUCACCCAAAAAAUUUAUGCCACAAUGGAGAAGCAUAAAGAGGUAUUCUUUGUGAUAAGACUCCACAGUCAGGCCUAUGCCUCUCAAUCACUUCCUCCAAUCAAUGACCCUGACCCCAUGAUCACCUGUGACCUGAUGGAUGGUCGUGAUGCUUUCCUCACAAUGGCUCGGGAUAAACAUCAGGAGUUUUCUUCACUACGGAGGGCUAAAUACUCAACCUUGGCAAUGUUGUAUGAAAUUCACAAUCAGGGAAGAGACAAUUUUGUGUACACAUGCAAUAACUGUAAAGCCCAUGUGGAGACUCGCUGGCAUUGUACUGUUUGUGAAGACUAUGAUUUGUGCAAUGCCUGCUAUGAGACAGAGAAACAUGCUCAUAAAAUGGAGAAACUUGGACUUGAUUUGGAUGAUGGAACAUCUUCAAAUGAUAAACAAGAUAAUCCUCAGGAAUCUCGUAGACAAUCUAUUCAGAGGUGCAUUCAUUCUCUUGUGCAUGCAUGUCAGUGUAGAGACGCCAACUGUAGACUACCUAGUUGUCAGAAGAUGAAACGUGUUGUUUCUCAUACAAAGUGUUGUAGGAAAAAGACAAAUGGAGUGUGUCCGAUAUGUAAACAGCUUAUUGCUCUGUGCCUGUAUCAUGCAAAACAUUGUACGGAGAACAAGUGUCAAGUACCAUUCUGUCUACAGAUUAAGCAUAAACUGAGGCAGCAACAACUUCAGCAUCGGCUUCAACAAGCUCAGAUGUUGCGAAGGCGAAUGGCUGUGAUGCAAAGGACUACUGCUACUCCUAGUGCACAACAAGUGACAUCUCAGCCUUCGCCUUCCCCUGUAUCUAUUCCACAACAACAGCCACAGCAGCCUGGAUUAGGUGGCAAACCUCUUCCUGCUCCUCCCCAAGCUGCCAUGCAGGCAGCACAGGAGGCCAAGAGGAUAGCUCUCCAACAGACUCUAAAUACUAUGAGCAAGCCUAUGCCCACUGUGCCACAGAGUACAAACAUGGCUCCACCGCCAAUGAAACCAAAUCCAACACUCUCUGCCAUGCCCCCACAGCAGCAGCAGACACCUUCAGUUGGAAUGUCAAAUUGGCAGAACUAUCCUCAGAAUAACCAGCCUCAAAUUCGCCCUCAAAUUCAGCCUCAACAGCAGUUGCCGAGAAUGCAAAUGCCAAACAGACAACAGCAACAAGCCAUGAAUCAACCAGGCAUUCAAAUGCAACCAAACCAGAUAAGACAAACAAAUCAGAAUGCUUUGCAUGAUUUGUUAAGAACUCUGAAAUCUCCAUCAUCAAACCAGCAGCAGGCUCAAGUUCUUCAGAUUCUGAAGUCCAAUCCACAGCUUAUGGCAGCUUUCAUUCAACAAAGAGCAAAACAACAGCAGAUGCAAGGACAGGGUCAAGGACCACCUAAUAACCCAAAUCCCCUGCAGAACAUGGGUCAGCUGGGCAUGAAUGCUCCCCAGACAACAGGGCAGCCCACAACCCAGCAGCAACAAAUGUGGCAAUAUCAGCAACAACAAAGAUUAAGAAUGCAACAACAAAACUCUGUUCCGCAACAACAUAAUGUGCAACAACCUCAAACAAAUCAAAUGGGACAAUUUCAGGCUCCACAACCUCCGUUUGCACAACGACAACGCAUGCCCUAUCCCCAGCAAACACCCCCCGGGUCAUUCCAAGGGGAUGGAACACAACACAUGCAACAACAGUUUAAUCAACAGCAUCAGCAACAGAUGAUUCAUCAAGUUCAUCAGCAGCAAGUCCAAAUCAGACAACAGUUUUCUGGAGGAAAACCCGUGAGUCCCCAGAUGUCGGCCAAUCAGACCCCAUCUCCCCAGCAGUUCAUGCAGCAAGUGCGUUCACCCACAUCAUUACCACAAACUGUCCGAUCCCCUCAACCAAUCGCAUCACCUCAUCAGCAGCUAAAUCCAUCCCCUCGCCAACCUCAAAUGUCGCCUCAUCAUGUUAUAACAAAUCCCUCUCAUCCAGGAGUGCAUGACACUAACCAAAUGAACUCAGAGACAAUGUUGUUUAGUGGUGGCAUGUCCCUACAGAAUCAAGGAGGGGAUUCUGGUCUGGGACUGCCACAAGACAAUGAGGUGGCCCCACUGACACCACAAGACCAGUUAUCAAAAUAUGUAGAGACCUUGUAGGACUUGGUCAUUAAACUGUUAUGCCUCUUAAAGAUGCAAAUGCAAAUAGUAUUGUACAAAGGAUUAUGAAUUCUCCUUGUAUAUUGUACUUGUUUCCAGAACAAAAAUCGAAAAAAGAGAGGUUUUAAUAUAUUUUAAUGGUACUAUUGUUGAGUCAAGCAUGAAUGUGAUGUUUGAUUGUUGUUUGAGUUUAUAUAUAUAUGAUAUGAAUUUUAUAAUGAUUACAGAGAAAACAUUCAUUUCUUUUUUCUUGUGUGAGGAAAUCGCAUAACUCAUGUGACUUAUAGAUUUUAGUCAUAGGCCUGCCAUUACAUUUUAUUUAAGAAAAAAUUCUAGAUCAAAAGCAUUCAUUCAUGAAAUUAACUUUGCUGUGUUAUAAAAAUCAUGUUAUGAAUACAAUGUAAAUGUUACUGUACAGCUAGUGGAAACCUUUCAUUGCUUUUUGUUUUCUCUGAUGUGCAGGUUUUCACAUGGAUGAAAGAAUUAUAUUUUGUAUGUUUCCUUAAAUUAUGAGUGGUGUAGAAGUACAAAUUUGUGCAACACAUUCACAGCUUUAUGAACAUUUUCUUGGUUUGUACAUUUGUAUUCUGUCUUCAGAUUUUUAAUAUUGAUUACUCUGUCAUGUUGAAAUGAAGGAACCAUUGUAUAAAUACAGAAAAUCAUAAAAAUCA